AUGAACGUCUCACGUUUAGCUCGGUCAGGCCUGGCCACGUGGAGUAGAUUGAAUCUCCGAAUGUGCUCCUCGGCAGCGGCCAACUCGUCGAUUUCGCACACCAUUCGUGUUGCGGAACAAAUCGAGACGAAACGAGCAGCGGCUCUCCUUGGUGGUGGUCAGGCUCGAAUCGAUGCCCAGCACAAGCGUGGAAAGUUAACGGCUCGCGAACGAAUCGAUUUACUGCUUGAUAAAGGAACUUUCCGUGAGUACGACAUGUUUGCAGAGCACACGUGCACCGAGUUUGGAAUGGAAAAAGAAAAGUAUGCUGGUGACUCGGUGGUAACUGGACGUGGAGAAAUUUCCGGAAGAACCGUCUUUGUCUUUUCACAAGAUUUCACUGUUUUCGGCGGCUCCCUCUCAUCCGUUCAUGCCAAGAAAGUUUGCAAAAUUAUGGAUGAAGCGAUGCGAGUUGGUGCCCCAGUUAUUGGAUUGAACGACUCGGGCGGUGCUCGAAUCCAAGAAGGAGUUGAAUCUUUGGCUGGAUAUGCGGAUAUUUUUGAACGCAAUGUGCUCGCUUCUGGAGUGGUUCCUCAAAUCUCGAUGAUCAUGGGUCCGUGCGCUGGUGGAGCCGUCUAUUCACCUGCAUUGACAGAUUUCACUUUUAUGAUUCGUGACUCAUCAUAUCUCUUCAUCACUGGACCAGAUGUUGUGAAAGCCGUCACAAACGAAGAAGUGACACAGGAAGAGCUGGGAGGAGCCAAAACGCACACAGUAACAUCGGGUGUCGCUCAUGGUGCUUUUGAGAACGACGUUGAUGGAUUGAUGUCACUUCGUGAGCUCUUCAACUACUUGCCACUUUCAAACAAGGAUCCGUCUCCAAUUCGCGCGUGUGAUGAUUCAUGGAAUAGAGAUGUUCCCUCACUUGAUACCGUUGUUCCUCUUGAAAGCACAGCCGCUUACAAUAUGAAAGAUGUAAUCACAUCAUUGGUGGAUGAAGGUGAUUUCUUUGAAAUCAUGCCUGAAUACGCGAAGAAUCUCACGAUCGGAUUUGCUCGAAUGAAUGGACGAAGUGUGGGCAUUGUGGGAAAUAACCCGAAAUUUGCGGCCGGUUGUCUUGAUAUCAAUUCUUCAGUAAAGGGAGCUCGAUUUGUUCGUUUUUGUGAUGCCUUCAACAUUCCGAUCAUCACUUUGGUGGAUGUGCCCGGAUUUUUGCCUGGAACCGCUCAGGAAUAUGGUGGUAUCAUUCGUCAUGGAGCCAAACUGCUCUACGCUUUUGCUGAGGCUACAGUGCCCAAGAUUACGAUUAUCACAAGAAAAGCUUAUGGUGGUGCGUACGAUGUAAUGUCGAGCAAACAUUUGAGAGGAGACCGCAAUUACGCUUGGCCAACAGCUGAAGUUGCCGUCAUGGGAGCUAAGGGAGCCGUUCAAAUUCUCUUCCGCAAGGACAAAGCCAAUCACGCGAAGCACGAAGCUGAGUACACUGAGCUUUUCUCGAAUCCUUUCCCAGCGGCUGUCAGAGGCUUUGUCGAUGACAUCAUUGUGCCAUCAACUACGAGAAGACGAAUCUGCGAGGAUUUGAAUUUACUCGAGUCGAAGAAGCUCAAGAAUCCAAAACGGAAGCAUGGUAACAUUCCACUU